AUGUCGCAGUCGCAACCACCUCAAGCACAAUCAUCGAUGUCGGGCGGCGGAGAGCAGCCAUUCAAGGAAACGAUCUUGCAGAUACUCAGCAAUCAGCAGGCGCUGAUGACACAGUUAUCGCAGCAGGUAUCGGCAAUCCAAGGGAACGUCCAGAAUGCAAAUCGCAAUGAACUGAUUUUGGACUCCCUAGCGACAAAUAUCACUGAAUUCGCCUAUGACCUUGAGAAAGGUUGUUCAUUCGAUGCCUGGUUUUCGCGUUAUGCUGACCUUUUUGAGAAGGACGCCGCUCAGCUUGCGGACGAUGCGAAGGUGCGGUUGUUAUUGAGAAAACUGAAUCCCUCAGCGCACGAACGGUACACGUCAUUCAUCCUCCCCAAACUGUCGAAGGAGUUUACGUUCGAGGAAACCGUCGCCAAAUUGAAGAUUAUCUUUGGCACACCUGUCUCUACGUUCCAUCGACGUUAUCAGUGCCUUCAGACGAUGAAGGACGAAGAUGAGGAUUUUAUCAGUUACUCGUGUAAAGUAAACAAGGCGUGUGUUGACUUCAAGCUCCAAGAACUGAAGGAAGAUCAGUUCAAAUGCCUUAUCUUCGUAUGUGGGCUGAAAUCAUCCAAGGAUUCGGACAUCCGAAUGCGCCUUCUAUCCAGAAUGAACGAGACCAGCGAUAUGACCCUCGAGAAGAUCGUCGAAGAGUGUAAGAGUCUCAUCAAUUUGAAGCGGGACACGGUGCUCAUUGGGGGAAAACCACCCUCGUCAACUGUGGUCGCCUCGAAUGCCGUUCGGACGCAGCCGAAUCGAAAGGAGAAACCGAACCGAGCGAAGGAUCAAGCACCGAAAACGCCAUGUUGGUCAUGUGGCGGCAUGCACUUUUCAAGCCAGUGCAACUUCAAGGAUCACAAGUGCCGGGAUUGCGGUAGGACGGGCCACAAAGAGGCUAUUGCAGCUGUUUUUCAUCCAAACCUCGGCCAAAGCCGGGAAAAGGAAAGCAAGGAAAUUGGAACAAGCAUUCAACGAAAAUUGUCGUCGUUAAAAAUGUCACGCGCAGCCGGAGAUACGUCGAGACAACCAUCAACGGUGUUCCGGUCAACCUCCAGCUAG